GUAUGGGAGAAGAGAGCCGUUAUAGCAUGGCAUGUGGCAAUUGGCAGUUCCCCUCUUCUCACCUUUGAAAAAUAUUCUUUUUUUUUUUUUUUUGAAAAUUAAAAUGCAGAGCUAAUAAAUUUCUAUGGAAGAGUAUCACAACGAAGAGAUCCCUACUUCUCGGAGAGUUUUCUAUACCCCAAAUCCAAUUCGAACCUUGGCCUGCUUCACUGUCUUGACAGAGUCUUAGACAUUGCAUAUACAUUAUCUGAAAUUCUCAGCUUAAGAGGGCCAUGCCCAUGAAUGAACUUUUGUAGUAGUUGUAGAGGUAGCUAGGACUAUAUAUAUAAAAAAAAAAGCUUCAGUCGUAGCACUGGCUCAUUACCUUUGUUGGCCAUCUGGGUUUCAAACCAGUUUGAAAUUUGAAAUGGAAGUUUUAGCUAAGAAAAAGGAGAAUUCGCUGAAACGGAAAGAUGGGUUUGAAAUUUUGAGCGGUAAAAGUAGGGGUGCUGCUGCAGCAACCGAGUCGCUCACUGAUUCGAGUGUUGAGUUUGGAGAGACUAGUUCAAGUAGAUCGAGCUCGGAGAUUUCAACGGAAGAUGUAAAAGUAAAAGGGUCUUCCUCGCCUCCUCAUUUGGGGUGGCCUAUACGGAGGGCCGAUGUUCGUAAAAGCUUCUCUGUUGAUUCUGCUGAAGAUGGAAAAAAGGCCCAUGUUGAAGAUACCAAAUUUAACGAUUUGAGUUCAAAAAUUUCGGAGCUUGAAAUGAUGAAGGAAAGGUUUGCAAAAUUGUUGCUUGGAGAAGAUAUGUCAGGUUCUGGAAAGGGAGUUUGCACAUCUUUGGCCAUUUCAAAUGCCAUUACAAAUCUAUGUGCUACUGUUUUUGGGCAACUGUGGAGAUUGGAACCUUUAGCCUCUGAAAAGAAAGUAAUGUGGCGAAGAGAGAUGGAAUGGCUUCUUUGCGUUAGUGAUCAAAUUGUUGAAUUAAUUCCCACUUGGCAAACAUUUCCUGACGGAAGUAAACUUGAGGUGAUGACUUGCAGGCCUAGAUCAGAUAUGUUUAUGAAUCUGCCUGCUUUACGCAAAUUAGAUAACAUGCUCCUUGAAAUACUAGACAGUUUCAUCGAUACAGAGUUUUGGUAUGUUGAUCAAGGAGUAACAGCCCCAGAUGCUGAUGGAUCUGCCUCUUUCCGCAAAACACUUCAGCGGCAAGAAGAGAAGUGGUGGCUCCCUGUUCCUCGGGUCCCCGCUGGUGGCCUGAGUGAAAAUUCCAGAAAACAGUUGAAUCACACUCGGGAAUGCACCAAUCAAAUAUUGAAAGCAGCCAUGGCGAUUAACAGCAUUACUUUAACCGAAAUGGAAGUUCCAGAGUCAUACUUGGAAGCUCUACCAAAGAAUGGUAGAGCUUGCCUUGGGGACAUCAUCUAUAGGUAUAUUACAUCAGAUCAAUUCUCUUCAGAAUGCUUGCUUGAUUGCCUUGAUCUGUCCUCUGAACAUGUUGCUCUGGAGGUUGCCAACCGUGUUGAGGCAUCAAUAUAUGUUUGGCGUCGAAGAGCUCAUUCGAAACCUCCAAUUCAUCCGAGCCGCUCCACUACAAAGUCAUCUUGGGGUAUGAUGAAGGACCUUAUGAUUGAUGGAGACAAGAGGGAAUUGCUGGCAGAAAGAGCUGAAAGCCUUCUGCUUUGUUUGAAGCAACGGUUCCCUUCUCUCACCCAAACUACCUUAGACACUAGCAAAAUCCAGUACAACAAGGAUGUGGGAAAGUCAAUACUUGAAAGCUACUCAAGAGUUUUGGAGAGCCUGGCCUUCAAUAUUGUGGCUCGUAUCGAUGAUCUGCUCUAUGUGGAUGACUUGAAUAAACAGUCUGAUAAAGUUCCAUCAGCUUCUAAAGUCAGUGUGAUAACUCACAAGAAGGUGUCAAUCUCUUAUCCAGUGCCUGCCUCAAGCACUCCAUAUAAAUCAGCUUCUACCACUCCAAACUUUUCACCUGCGCCGCUAAUUAGCCCUGCCAGGGGAGAAAGAACUCCUUUUCUCCACAGCAACAGUACUAACAACAACAACAACAGUAACAAGCCUGGUCGUCGUGGUUUCGGAGUAAGAAGAGUUUUGACAAAUUAUCUUGGUGUUGAGACGAAACCGAGGAUUUGUGGCAAUUCAACUGAAGGAACAGCUCCAGUUCCAAGCAGUUGUGGCAAAGAAAAUAUUAAUCGUCGAACAGACUCAUCAGCUCAGCAAAAUGGAACUAAAUUACUUAAAAAAUAGUCGUUAAAUUCUUGUUUGUUUGUGAUUUGGGAGUGUGAUAGCUAUACUGAUAGAAAAACCUCUGUAAUUUAAUGGAUUUGUUGAGUUUCUUAUUCAUAUAUUGUACGCAUCUGAAUGUAGCUAAAAGUAGAGUGCAGACAUUUGAUUGCUUGUUACAAAUUCUUUGCAAAUAUCAUCUUAUAACUUAUUUUGUCA